AUGGCAUUGGCAAGAGUUUCCCCUUCCCUUGCUAUAUUUAUUUAUUUUCUUGAAAAUGAUGCUCGUGCUAUUUAUUUUCUUCUUCCUAUGCCAUUCAACUCUUCUUACUCCCUUUCAAGAUUCAAAUCCAAUAUUCCAAAACCCCUCUGGAGUCGAAGGAGGAGCGUACCUAUACCGGUGCCGAGACACUCCAUCAUGAUGCUCACAGCGAAUAACAGCAUCAUAGAACUUCUUGCAUUGCUUGCACUCGACGCCUUCCAUAUUUUCCCUCUCGGAUUUCCUACGUACGGGCCCCACAUACUUGAAGCCCGAUUUCUCAGUCUUGGGUGGGGACACGUGUGGAUUUUGCAGCCCGGCAUCGACAUUCAUAUCAUCGCCGUCUUCCUUUACAGCCUUCCCCAAGUUCUGCCUCACAUUUUCGAGAGGAGUAUCCAGGAAAUUAUCAUGUGGAUCGGGUCCUACAUGGCUCUGGUGCGACCUCGUGUCCCUCCAACAGCAAGUCAUAUUGACAUCUCAAGAAAAGAUGAAGUGAGUCACUUUGUUCUAGCAACUGCACUUUCACUUUACAUACCUCUUCCAGUUCAAUGCUUUUCGUCUCCAGUUCUUUCUGGAUGGAAUCCGAACGAUUCACCAGGCGUUCCACUUCUGAUGCAAGAAGCCAAACAUGAUCCUUUUGAUGCAGAAGCUUCUCGAUCUGAAGCAGCAGCUCCUUCUCCUUUUGCUUAUAAUUAUAUGCACCUUCUGCAGCUUCCCUCGCCUCGUAGAAUAUCCGCAGGGUUCCCUAGUUUAGGAGACUUCUUUGGAUUGCUUUCCAUCUAUUUCAAAGAAGGCCCAAUUGACAAUUACUUGGGGCACUUGCAAUAG